AUGGCGAUGACAGAUGUCUCCAUAGGAGUUGGAGGGGACCUGGACAGCCCCAUCGCCUGGGCCGUGUGUGUUUUCUCCAUGGCGCCCCACUUCCUACGCUUUGGGGGAAAUGGUUGGGAGGAGGUGGAAGGCAGCCUGCCCUGGACAGCCCUGGAGGCCCAGCCCCUCCCCCUGGGCUCAGGCUCGGGCUCCGGAGUGCCCUCCUCAGGUGCCCACGGCUUUCCUCUGUUGUCUGCCCCUGAGGGAGGGGACUCGGCUUGUGCCUUCUUCUGCCCAGGCCUGGCACAGAGCUUGAGCAUGACAGGUGCCGGCAUGAUGCUCACAGCAGGAAACCCCUGGAGCUGGAUUCUGGGGUACCUUAUGCUUGGAGGCACAGCCCCACCCCGGGAGCCCUGGCCACGCCCCCACCGGCUCAGCCCUGGUCCCGCCCACUGUAGUCCAGCCCUCGAGAUCCCUAACCCUGUCCCAUGCCAGCCCCCAACCCUGCCUCCGCCCCCAGGGGCCUCCUACCCCGGCGGCCACAUCAUCCACGGCGAGGACUGCAUCCCGCACUCCCAGCCUUGGCAGGCGGCCCUGCUCUCAGACAACGAACUGUUCUGCUCGGGCGUCCUGGUGCACCCGCAGUGGGUGCUGUCAGCCGCGCACUGUUUGCUGGACUCCUACAGCGUGGGGCUGGGGCUGCACAGCCUGGAGGCCAGCCAGGAGCCAGGCAGCAGGGUCCUGGAGCCCCUACUGUCCGUCCAGCACCCGGACUACGACAACCCCUCCUUUGCCAACGACCUCAUGCUCAUCAAGCUGAAAGAGGCGGUGCCUGAGUCCAGCACCAUCCGGAGCAUCAGCGUGGCCUCGCGGUGCCCCAUGGCGGGGGAAGAGUGCCUGGUGUCCGGCUGGGGUCGGCUGGCCAAUGGCGGACUGCCCAAGAGGCUGCAGUGCGUAAACAUCUCGGUGUCGCCCCCGGAGGUCUGCAGCGAGGUCUACGACUCCCUGUACCACUACAGCAUGUUCUGUGCGGGCGGGGGAUCCAACCGCAGGGACUCCUGCCACGGUGACUCUGGGGGACCCCUGGUCUGCAAUAGAUCCCUGCAGGGCCUCGUGUCUUUAGGACACAUUCCGUGUGGCCAGCCCGGUAUUCCCGGCGUUUACACCAACCUCUGCAAAUUCACCGACUGGAUCCAGCAAACCAUCCACACCAGCUAGCCACGGGACCGGGACCGUGAAGCCGAGCGUGGUGCAGAUGCUACCGGGGGAAAUGCAUAACCGUUGGGUCAUUUCUCCCUCAGACUCAGGGGUACGGGUCCCAUCCCUCCUCCCUCAGUGCUGGUGGUCGGGACCCAGCCUCCUCCCUCAGACCUCAGGGGUUCAUGCCAGUCUCCCUCAGACCUAGGAGUACAAUCCACCUCCGGUCUUUGCCAGUGCACUGUGCCCUCUAGUGGCAUAAUAUUUACUCAGUCUUCAGUGAUUUUUCCCUUUUGUCCUCUUGCCCAAGAUCCAGAAAUAAAGUGUAAGAAAAGCACGG